GUCGCGUUCCUCGGAGAGACGGAUCCGAGAGCAGCGAGGCCGGGGCGGUGAGGCCGAGCCUCACACCCCGCCAGCCUUGGGCUGUUUCCUGUUGAUGCUGGCGGAGGCCACUUAAGUGACACGCGGUUCUGGAAGUAUACUCUCAAGAAAAUGCAUAAACCUCCACGGAACAUUGAAGAAUUCUUAAAGUUUCAAAAUUGGGAUUAUUGGCCAAGGGAAACCGAGUUUGGAAACCGUGAGAAAUGGCUACAUACUGUGAAGAAAAUAAAAGAAGAUAGUUCAUUUGCGUCGAUUUAUACACAUCUGUGGGAAACUGUCCCUCGAAUACAUGAAGCAGUCAUGACCAUGGAGUCAAGAUUAGGGGAAUGUUCAAUUCUUUUGAAAGACCAUGCCUCUAAAAUAUUUGAGUGGAACAGCAUAAUUUCUGAGACAAGUUCUAAAAGAAAAUUGGAAAAAUACAAUGCAAUUUUAAGGAAGUACCAUAAGAGAAAGAAGAUAAUGCUUUCACAUAAAAUGGAGACGAAGAAAACUGUUGAGGGUUGCAUCUUCUCAGGAUUCAAAGCAAACGAGCUUACUCAACUACCCAGACAUUUGGAUGCUGAACGAAUUUAUCUUUUUAUUUUAAAAGCCCAUAACUUUGAUGAAAAAGUUUUUAAAAUCUGGAAGACACAUUUUCUCUCCGAAGCUUCUAUUGCACUUUUACAUGAUUCCUUUUGGUGGUGGUUCCUGCAUAAAUUUAAGCCUGACAGAGAAAAUCAAGAUUCUCUGUUUGAUAGAAUUUCAGAAAGUUAUGUGGCACUUUUCAUGAGCAUCCCUACAACACGAAAGGAUACAUUCCUUCAGGUGUAUCCUGAUUGUUUGGCACAAGCUAUCUAUGCCACAUUCCAGGAAGCAUUUCCAGAAUCCAGUAAUCUUUUUGAUGAUGAAUUUAAAGAAGAUCUAGGGAAUAAUAUUUUUCUUUGGCUGUCAGGUUUAAAGCCUCAAAAGCGCUUUUGGACCCACUGGAGACUGAAAGAGCUCUCCACAACAAGCGUACAUGGUGCUACGAGAGUACCUUCAGGGUCUUUAAAGGACAAAAUUGAAAGAAGUCAGGAACGUAUAAUGGCUAGAUUUCCUCUUGUCAGUUGUGAAUUGGCUGCUUUUUAACUAUGGUGAAGCCUGGCUGACUCCUUCUUCAAGACAACCUGGUAACAGUUGUAGGGUUUUACAUCAAGGAUCCCGCUGAGAGGUUCCCUUCCCAGGAGAACUCACCAUAUCAAGAAAGUAUAUUUCUAUAUACGGCCUUAUAGAAGCAAAGACUAUGUAAUAUAUAUAUAUAAUGUCUUUAAGAACAUUGGUAUUGUGACAUUCUAAUUUACGAUAUAGAGUUUCUCUCUUUCCCUCAUUUUCACUGUAGAAUUAGAGUAGAGGAGAAAUGGUGUGCCAAAUUGGCCUUAUGGUUACUCGAGAUUAAUGCUAAAUUGUGUUUCAAAUAUGAAUAACUCUGGCAUUGUGUACGCCUACAAAUGCCUGGGUUUCGUGGUUUUAAGAAGGUUUAACACAAAAUAAAACACAUAU